AUGGAGCGACAGGGCGUGAACAUGCCCCACGUAGAAUGCAAGGACCAGCAGCCGCAGCCGCUGGGGGAGAGCAAGGAGCGACAGCAGUGCGAGGAGAGCCGCGAAGACGAAGCCGGUCGGGGGUCAGCUAGUGCCAACCGCCGGCUGAUGAUGCUAGAAGGGAAGUCAGUAUCCUACUUUUCCUCUCUGGAGUCAAACAUCGACAUCCUGAAGAAGAGGGCCCAGGAGCUGAUUGAAAACAUCAAUGAGAGCAGACAGAAGGACCACGCACUCAUGACCAACUUCAGGGACAGCCUCAAGAUCAAGGUUUCAGACCUGACAGAAAAGCUAGAGGAGAGGAUGUAUCAGAUUUAUAAUCACCAUAACAAGAUCAUUCAGGACAAGCUCCAAGAGUUCACCCAGAAAAUGACAAAGAUCAGCAAUUUGGAAACAGAGCUCAAACAAGUGUGCCACACCGUGGAGACAGUGUACAAAGACCUGUGCAUCCAGCCUGAGGUAUGA